CACUGCAACAAUGUCGGCUUCCAACACUAUUUACCUUAUCACUGGCGCGACCAGAGGAAUUGGCCGUGGCCUUGUCGAGACCUAUCUGGCCCGGCCAUCAACCACUGUCGUCGCUGCCGUCCGUAAUCCCGCGGACUCCAGUGCUCAGUCCUUGACCCAGCUACCGGCUGGUAGCUCCAGCAAGCUCAUUGUCGUCCGAAUUGACAGCCUCGACGAAGGUAGCGCUGCUACCGCUGUGGAGCAGCUGGCCAACGAGCACUCGAUCACUUACCUUGACGUUGUCAUUGCCAAUGCCGGCGUUGGCACUGGAAUGCCAAAGGUUGCCGAUGUGAAGAUCAGCGACAUUGAUCUUCAUGUCAGAGUUAACGGUUACGGCCCCGUAAUCCUCUUCCAGGCCACUCUUCCCGCCUUGAACAAGGCUACAGCUCCUAAGUUUAUCAUCAUCAGCUCUUCAGGCGGUACCAUUGCUGGGAUGGAAGACAUUUGCGUUCCUCACGCUUCGUACGGACCUUCUAAGGCUUUGGUUAACUAUCUCGGCCGCAAGAUGCACUUCGAGCACGAAAACAUCACCACGUUUUCUAUUCAUCCUGGCUGGGUCAAGACCGAAAUGGGAGAGUUUGCCGCUAAGCUUUGUGGUAUGGACGGGGCCAAGAUAACGCUGGAAGAAAGCGUCAAUGGCAUAGCCAGUGUGGUCGAUAACGCCACGAGAGAAACCACCUCAGGCCGCUUUUUCCAGUGGAAUGGUGACACUCUGCCAUGGUAGAGGUUGUAAAGGGGAGAUCUCGUAAGAUAGAUGGGUAAGAAUACAAUACUCAAAAUAGCACGUUCGAAUACGACUCGCAAAUGAAAGUAUUCCAUGUUGUUUUAAUAUCCUAUCCUCUAAUUCUAUGAGUGUAUG